CUGAAAAAUGAGCAGCCGACUCCUGAUAUGGUUAAAUGUUCACAGAGCAGCGGAUACUGCCGGCUGCUGGAGAGGACGCAGGUUUAAGGCGCUUCACUUUAGAGACCCGGAGGUUCCUGCUUGGUCAUAACAUGGUGUCAAUUGUGUCUCACAGUGUGAGAUGUGUGUUUUGACUUUUGCAGAGAUUGGACCAGAGAAAUCAACCAGGGUAAAUAGUGUUUAUAAUCUGGCCUACAGGGUCUUUCUGCUGGUUUCAUCAGGAUUAGGGGAAAAUAAGGGACGCCUGCCAAAGCGGGGGCCCGGCAACCACAGGCCCGAUGGCGUGCCAGUGGUGGUAUAUCAUAACUUAAAACAUGUUUUCAGGAAAGUAUUAAGAUGGAGACCAACAGACGUUAAAAUGAUCUCUCUGCUAAUCAGUGUGAACAGAUGAACUCAGUCACUCUCUCUGUCACAGCUCAGCAGACUAGCGGUCAGACUGUCAGCGCUGAAUAAACCGCUACGACAAUAAAAGUAGGGUGUGAACUGUGAACGUUACUAACUUGUUAAAUGAACUUGUCUGUAACUUAUUAACUAUGAACAGGCUGAAACACAUGCUUUGAUACAGUUGGAAUGGAAAGACGUCUGCAAAGGAUUUUGCAUGAACAUCAGAGGAUUAGAAGUAGUCAGGCCUGCUUCCUUUUAGAAAUGUUUUCCAGUCAGAGGUACAGCACUCCUGCAGCACUGAGCAGCUGUUUGUUUUUCUAACUGCUCCAGUAGAGGGGGGGGGGUGAACGCCCUUUGUUGUCAUUGUUUGCAGUAAAACCAUCCAAACAAUUAAAACCACACAUUAAUAAUCCAUCUACAAACAUUUCUCAAUUCAGCACCAUUUUUAUGAUUGUUCAGUAAAUAUAUUUCUGUAGUGUUGAAUCAGGCGAUUCUACAUGCAGUUGUUUAUAUUCUUCACAUAGGCUCUAUAUUUGGAUAAUUAAAUCUCUCUCUUAUCUCUUCAUGCUGAUGUGUCUGACUGUAUGCCUCAGACACAAAAACACAUCUUCAUCUAUAAUGUGGGCAUGUGAUUCAUUUACAUUGUCGCUGCGUGCCAUCGCAGUCUGACAGGCCGCCGUGCUCCACUCACAACGCUGGACCACAAACUGUGACGUUCGGCCUGAUACUCAUGAAGAAGGACGUUUGAGUUCUCCCACUCUCGUCGUCGUUGGUACUUUUUGAAUCCGGUUUCGUUUGGUUCCCUGACUCUGAUUGGCCCUGAACCUGACGGUAUUAAUCAAGCCAACAAUGGCAGCCAAUCACAGGCAGAAAAGGACAAGUCUUCACAGGAUGCUGCGUUAAAGACAACUCGUAAAUACGGGACGAUUCCGUAUUUUGAGGGACGGGUGGCGACCUUUGUCAGGAUGGCUCACACAUUCUGCUGUUGACAACCAAGAAAAACAUCAUGUUAGCGUCGCCAUGCUCAGUUGCAUUGCUGAACACUAUAUGCUAAUCUGAGCAUAAUGCUAAUAUGCUAAUAUGCUAAGUGCGUGCAGCUAAGUGGGCGGGGUUGUUAGAACUUAAGAAAGAGGAACAUCUGACAGGAAGUUCCUUUGAAGCACACCGAGGCCUUUACAGCCACCUGUUCAUACCUGUGUGCACCUCAGGGGGCGCUAGAGGCAUAGCAGACCAGUUCAUUCUGUAAAACCAGCACCAGGACACAGUUGUGACCUGAAGAAUCCCCUCUGGGACGCCGUAGAUUACUGUUCUGCAUUGAUUGUUAGUUAUUAAUGAUUUGUGUUUCCUACAGAUAUUGAUUUUGAAUUAAAAGGACUGAUUUCCACACGGACUGCUUCAUGUUUGAGUCUCUGCAGACUAACAGCUGGACCGGAGCUUUCAGCUGAAGUCCAGGUUCAGGGUCAGUGCUGGUCCUGCCGGACUGAUCCGAGCUCAGCUCUGAUGAAACGUCUCUGUGUGUGAGCAGAAAGGCAAAGAGAUGUCGUUUGAAUUGUAGAUGUGGAUCAAGUGACGCCCGCAGCAGCAGGCGGAGCCGGGUUAGACUGGUACCGAGAUCGGACGUGCCCUGAAUCUGACGGGCCCGGGAGCAGCGCGGACGGGUCCAGAUCACCGAGGCUCCUUCUUUUAUUGAAGAGAUGAGGAGGUGAAGAAGACUGCGGACAGCGAGGAGGAAGGUCUGAUUCCGCAGGGACUCUCCGCCUCCUCCUUCCCCGCGCGGCUGCGGGAGAGGCGUGACGCGGCCGCAGCGCAUCUCCAGGAUGGCAGGUCCUCCUGAUGGGCCCUCGCCUCUCUGUACCGGGAUCAGACCGGCGGCCCUUUGAGGACGAUGGACGCUCUGAUCCCGCCUGACCCCAGCUUCAGGACCAGGACCGGGAUGGACUCCAGAACGUCAGCGUGCAGACGCACACUCGGUGUGAUGCUGCUGGUUGCCGGCACGCUGGUUUCCAUGGUGACAUCGAGCUCACCUGCUGCAGGUGUGCUGGACUACAACAGUACGGAAGAGUCUACAUCCCGUCCUUCAUCACCAUCAUCACCCUCUUUCUUCCCUCUCAGACCCCUGGCCCCCAACCCACCCUCAGACUCUGGUUACAAUAGUAACAGUGGUGGAGCAGGCUCUGCGGAGGAAUCAGACUCUGGUGCUCAGGGGAUCCACCUCCUGCUGAGACCUCCAGACCUCCUGUCGCCUAGUCUCCCCCCACCCCUCCCCCCACACACCCAGCCUACACUCACCCCUCCUCCUCCCUGGGAGCAGGGCCCCUCCCUGGAGGAGGCCUGGGGCUCCGGAGACUACCUGGAGACUCUGUCCUUCAUGGUACCUGAUGGUGAGGAGCUGGCCUUAGCCACACCACUGCCCAACCACCCGUACGACGAGGACCCUGGGGAGGACUGGGUCUCCUAUGACACUGCCUUCCCUGCCCGUCCCACCCUCCCCCUCUCCUCCCGCCUAUCUCUCUCACCCUCCUCCUCCACCCCCAGCAUCCCCCUGCACACUCGCCCCACCCAUCCAGACGCCUUCCCCGCCUGGGACGAGGACUACGACCUAGAAGACAUGAUGCCUCUGGAGCCAACUGAGCUGCUGCUACCGGACAUGAACAGUCUGGAGUACUACACCAAUCUGCUGGAGAGGGAGAGAGAGAGGGCGAGGGAAAGAGCCCAGGACCGGGUCAACCCGACCGACUCUAAACCUUACAUCAGUCCCACAACAACCCUGACCCACCGUUCCCCUCCGUCUCCAUCCCCGAGCUCCGGCCCUCCUCCAGGACAGGAGCCCAAGCCUCCACCGGCGGGGCCCACCCCUCCCCUCACCCUUUCACCUUCUGUCACAGGUGAGGAUAAGUCAACCAUCAUCAAAACUCCUUCCACCCCCUCUCCUCAAAAACCUAAAGACCACGCCGCAGUCCCGGGCAGACACCCUCUUCGUCCCCCUUCCAACACCACUGGCCGGGUGCCUCCCCCUCCCCCGCUGGGUCCGCCCACUCGCCCCGACAGACCAGAAAGGCCUCCCGUGGUCAUAGAGAAGCCAGUGAAGCCUCCACCCACUAGGAUCACCACCACCACGACCAAGGUGACAACCACCACCUCUGGCAUCACCACCACCACCCAGAUCACAGCCAUCAGCCUGACCAGAGCCCCCCCAGUCACUACACCCAGGGUGGGUCAGACCCCGCCCACCAGACAGUACCUGUGUAACGUAACCAAGCCAGAGAUGUACCUGGUCAGAGUAGUCAGUUCCAAAGGUUCAUCGGCAGGUUUCACUCAAGUCAGAGAUCUUCUGAAGAGAGAGUUCAACCGCUCAGUGGAGCUUCAGUUCCUGAGAACUCCGUCCAGUUUUGCCUUCCGUGUCGUGUCAGGACCGUUGAUCUUCACCGCCAUGUCCGUCAUCAACGCCCUCCGCCAACCACCACGCGGCUCCGGCCCCAUCCCCAGCGUGUCACCACUCUACACCGUACCUGACCUCAGGUACCAGGUCCACACUGUGCUGCAGUUUGUCCCCGCCCACGUCGACGUCAGAGUCUGUAACUUCAGCGAAAGGAUUGAGAGAGGGCUGAUGAUGGCGUACGCCGAGACGCGGAGACAAUCACACGAGGCAGGAAACGUCACCGUACAGCUCCUGAACAUCACCAUGGGCGUGAUCCGGUCGGCAGGUGAGCAAAAGGUUUCCGUCGACAUCACCUUUGCGGUGCGAGAUGGACGGGACUACCUGCCGGGGUCAGAGGUCAGCGAACACCUGAGGAAGCUCAACCUGGUCGAGUUCAGCUUCUAUGUGGGAUUUCCUGCCCUGCAGGUCGCAGAACCUUUCCACUACCCUGAGCUGAACACGUCUCACCACCUGCGCUCCACCUGGGUCCGUACAGUGCUGUUGGGAGUUCAGGAGCAGCUGGUGGCUGAGAGAAGCUUUAAAGCUCGUCUGGAGAGACGUCUGGCUCUGCUGUUGGAGGAGGGACUGCAGGGGUCCAGCAGGAGGCGCUGGAGGAGAGCAACAGCUGUGGGCAACAACAGUCUGCAGGUGGUGCGGGUGGCAAGGCUCUCGGGGCCGGAGCGCUCCCUGGAGGUCUUUUAUUUUGUCGAGGGUCCAGGUGGUGAGCGGGUACCAGCCGAGGUCACAGCGGCCACCCUGAACCGUCUGGACCUUCAGAGAGCCGCCAUCGUCCUCGGACACCGAGUCCAGAGACCGCUCGCCCAACCUGUGGAGACUCUGACUGUCCCUCCAGCAGAGACUCAGAGCAGCAGCGUGUGGCUGAUCGUCGGCGUGGUCGUCCCGGUCCUGCUGGCCGUCUUCAUCAUCAUAAUCCUCUACUGGAAGCUGUGUGGCUCCGAGAAGCUGGAGUUCCAGCCGGACGCCAUUAACACCAUCCAGCAGAGGCAGAAGCUUCAGGCUCCCAGUGUGAAAGGCUUCGACUUCGCCAAGCUCCACCUGGGUCAGCACAGUAAAGACGACAUCAUGGUGAUCCAGGAGCCCGGUCCGCUGCCCGUCCCCGUCAAAGAGGCCACUCCCUCCGACGGCGGAGACCUCAACACCCCUAAAUCUAAAGGAUCAUCCACCAAGGCAGCCCGGUCCAGCCGCCGCAGGGGCAGGCUCAGCCCGUCAGACGGCGACUCGUUAGGCAGCGACCAAUCCAGCGGCAGAGAAUCAGCAGAAGAAAGCACCCGACCUGUGGCCACGCCCAGUGAGGGCAAACAGCAUAGGAAGACUCCCAAAAAUGGGAGGAACAAGAUGGGCAGCGGUCCAGACGAGCUUCUGUCCUCAUCCUCCAUCUUCGACCACGUCGACCGCUUGUCUCGCGGCUCUUCUGAUGGCACGCGUCGCCAGGCCAACAAGGUGCAGCUGAUCGCCAUGCAGCCGCGGCCGAGCCCGCCGCACGCCCAGUCCCAGAUGAGCCCAACCCUCACCGAGAAGGUCAACACAGAGGUGGCGCUGAGACACAAGUCGGAGAUCGAGCAUCACCGGAACAAACUUCGUCAGCGUGCUAAGAGGCGGGGUCAGUGUGAGUUUCCCUCCAUGGACGACAUCAUGGACGCAUUCGGAGACGGACCGGUGCAGGGCGACGUGGCGCAGCGUCUCUAUAGCUCCGCCCAUGACCACAUGGACUGCAUCCUUCAGGCCGACACCAACUCACCCCCCACCCCCAGCGACUCCAGGAGGAGGGGGAGGCACUCUCCUCGGGGUCGGCGGGCUCAGCCAGGACCUGGAAGUCUUCCCGAUACAGACAGAGACAGGCUGCUCACCGAUCAGAGCGCCACCUACAGGAAAUACCCAGGACUCAACAACGUGGCCUACAUGUCGGACCCUGACCUGCCCCCAGACCAUGGCAGCCCCUCUCCUACCGACGAGGUGUUUGAUCCUGCCCCGGCCCCACCACCCUACAUGCCCCCCCAGCCCUCUAUCGAGGAGGCGCGGCAGCAGAUGCACUCCCUCCUGGAUGACGCCUUUGCCCUGGUGUCGCCCUCCUCGCAGGGCAGCGCCGGGGUGAGCGGGGUAAGCCCUGCCCUGCCCAGCCCCUCCCCCCAGGCCUGCCCCGCUGGCAGGCAGUGGGGCUCUUACCCAGCAGCCCCCUCUCACAGCCCCUUUUCUGCAAGAUACGCAGAGCUGGGAAUGUCUCCCACCUCAGUGCAGGGCCUGCUGCAGAGGCAGGGCCUGAGCUCAGGAGGGUAUGUGUCUACUGGGGACCAGCUGCAGGAGUCUGUUUACUCCAGCAGGGGGCAGUAUGAGGACCCCCCCUCCUCAUCUAGACCGCGACCUGUAGGGGGCAGCACAGGUGCGCAACUCCACCACUUAACCCAGGUGGGUUUGUCCAGUCAGAUUGGUGUGUACCCUGGGGUGGGUCGCAGCAUGUCUGGUCCCACUGGCUCCAGCUGGAACCAGCAGCACUCAGACCAGGAUCUGUCUAGACCAGGAGCCAGCAGAGAGAGUGUGCUGUCGUUUCCUGAGUUCUCAUCUUCCUCUGUUUUCCAGAUGCCCAGCUCCUCAUUGCGGGACCCAUCAGCACCGCCUCUUCUCCUGACCUCACCAACUCCAGAGUACCCGCCGGAGGACGCCUCACCCUCUGCCCACACCUCUGCCUCUCUUAUAAAGGCUAUCAGAGAGGAACUGCGACGUCUAGCCCAGAAGCAGGCUGCAGUGACCAGCUACCCUUAGACUGGUCUGGAUCUGUUUGGAUCAGAACUCAACUGGUUUCAACCGUUAUUGUUUUAAACCACUCAGAACCUUUAGGGACUGGAUUAAAACCAUAACACUGACUGAUCUACACUCUGGACUCGAGCUAAUCUACAUCUGUGCCGCUAAAUCCAAACUAACUCUGGACCACGAUCCACAUCUGGGGAAAAAAAAAACAGUGUCUCCUGACUGGAAGACCUCCGGUAUUUUACAGGGUCCCGUCUGUCUAUCCGUCAUCCAUCAGCUCAGUGUUUAUUGGACGAGAGUUUGACUCUAAACUCUGUUUCCAUUGAAGUGCUUCCUGAAGUGGAUCGGCCAAUGAUCAUCAUGGAUCCUCCCCACCUGAUCAUCUGGACUGGAAUGUCCUUCCCGACCAUAUGGAGUAACCCUAAGCCCUCCUGUUCUUCCAGGAGUGGAUGUUCUCUCUCCAUCUUCUGGACAGGAUCAUUCCUCCUGACCUUCCAAGCGGAUGGUCCCUCCUGACCUUCUGGAGUCGAUCGUCCCUCCUGACCUUCUGAAGUGGAUUGUCCUCUGGACCUUCUGUGGUGCUAACCGUCAGCCUCAUACCAUCUCCUCAUUGACCACUUAUUGCCUUUCACACUCCCAUCAGCCACGGGCAUCAGGUCUCCGUUCAUGAACCAUAUCAAUGAGGUCUUUGCACUGUCGACAACUGGAGGUGGCAAACAGUUCCUACGGCAAGGGAACGCAAAACAGGAAAAAAGAGUAUAUAUAUAAAUAUCUAUAAGAAUGAAUAUAAAUAUCUGUAAAGAGAUAGAAUACCAAUGAGCACAAUAUCAGUGUAAGAGUUAUUAUUGGAGUAUUGAGAUGUUGCUUAUUUUUAUUGCUUAUAUAUGAAAGUAUACUUUAAAUCAUUUAUUUUGAUCAAAAAAGACCAAACUACUGUCCUGUGGUUAUAUUCCUCUUGUGUUUCAGCUCGCUGUAGAUUUUGAGCCGGCACUAGUUUCUCCGUGGAGACGUUGCUUAGCGUAGCUGCUCGCUUGUGUGUUCAUGUAUCGGUGGCAAUGAAAAAAAACUUACGCUAAUGCAUCGCUUUGAUAUAACGUUUUUUAUCGCUGAUUUGUUGCAUCCAUCAGUUUGUGGGCGGAAUGCUAUAGAUGAGUUUAUUACGUGACAGGUGGGUAAAAGUGUUUCUGUAUUAGGGCAGAGACGGGAAACCAGUCAUUCAUCACAACCAGAGACUAAAGCUAGAAGCAGCAGCUGAGACAGGUGGUUCACUUUCUUUUUGUGAAAUUGGAUGAAAAUUUUAAUUUUUUGUCUAAUUUUGCAGAUUAUAAUGUAAUAAUUAAAAUAUUAUGAUAAAGUUGAUAACAGUGAUUAUUAGUAGUAGUAGUAGUAGGAACUACGAGUGAAGUCUGUACCCCAGAAAGACACUGGAAGUCCCAGACUUGAAUUGUAGAUUUGGAGAGACCUUGGCACUCGUGGACUUCGUCCCAUUAGGUCCUCUUCAGGUGUGGGGAACCAGCCUUUAACUUCAUGUGCUGGUUGUGCAGCUGAAUGACUGGUUCCCCUCUCUGCCGGUUGGCUGUUUCCUCUGUAAUGUUGUGAAGAAGUCGGUCGCUCGUAAAAUCUGGUUCCACGGCGCACAGGAGGGUUUGUUCGCCUCUGCUCAAAGCUCUUCUACAGCAUGUUUGACUAAGUUUGAGGCUUUAGCUACUCGUGAUGUCCCAGUUAAUGUUUAUUAGCAUGCUGCUAAAAGAUGUUAAAAAACAAAGUUUUAAAAAAGUAAAGAGUUGUUCCACAUCAAGUUAAGAGUGAGCAAAGAGUGAUUAAUGUCACAGUGCCAUAAAACCAUCAUCCAAACUCUGUAGAAGAGGUACAUAUGAAACAUCAUGUUUUUUUCUUUUGCAUUUCCAAAAGAUAUUUUUUAAUCUGAAUAAAGAUGGUUACAGUUAAAA